CAUAGAGUGUCCGUAAGUCGUUGGGAUUUGCACGUAUUUUCGUGCUUGUGUAUGCAUAGUCUUUUGUUGGUUUUUUUUCCCCAUUUAAACUCAUGUUGUUUGAGUAAAUUUCGGGUCGGUUGUGGACUAUUUUUUUGUUUUUUGGGGGGACUUUAGGGUUUUUUAAUUUGCACGGUGUGUUUUGGACUUUACACUUUUUCGCAGUGCAGUGUAAUCGAAAGGCCUCAAAAUUGAUCUGGAUCUACAGCGACAGGCGGCCUCGAGCGGCCACUUUAUUAGGUCUGUGAGUCAGAUGUGCGAGAGCGGUUUCAAUGCCGCCGAAGGAUUUUCACGGAUGGCUUCCUUGGGGGGCACCACCAUCGGGAUGCCUCAGAGCCUACAAAACCCCCAAACGAUCAAAAAACAAGAGGACCACAUCAAAAGACCCAUGAACGCUUUCAUGGUAUGGUCCCGUUUGCAGCGCCGAAAAAUCGCACAGGAAAAUCCGAAAAUGCACAAUUCGGAAAUUUCUAAACGAUUAGGGGCAGAAUGGAAACUGCUAACAGAAGACGAGAAGAGGCCUUUUAUCGACGAGGCGAAGCGACUGCGGGCAAUGCACAUGAAAGAGCAUCCAGAUUACAAAUACAGGCCUAGGAGAAAACCGAAAACGCUAAGGAAAGAGGGUUAUCCUUAUUCUAUUCCUUAUCCUUCGGUGCCCAUGGAUGCUUUGCGAGCAGGUCAGGGAAUGGCAUCGAGUAUGGGCCAGUCUAUGGCUUCGUAUUACAAUCCAUCGGCAGCUUACGGCUCACUGAGCGCAGCUUCCAUGGCUGCAGCAGCAGCUGCUGCGCAACAAUCAGCGGCAGCUAUGACGGCAGGCUUAGCUGCACCAGGACAGGUCGUAAGCUCAAUGGAUGCAAUGAAAUACUCAAUGGAAGCAGACAAGUACCGUUCCCACUACAGUAUGCCGCCCUCCUCCCUAGCCAUGUCCAUGUACUCCGAUCCAAAAUACAUGGAAUCCAACUCCAAGAGUUACUUGGAGCGUGGAUAUUUGGACUCGACCUCCGCCCUGACCAAGGCUUACUUCGAAACCUCUAAGAUGUACAUGGACGGUAAAUAUCCAAACGAUAGUCCCAGCAGAGCUUAUCCGGGUCUAGAUAUUGGAAAAAUGUAUGAAGGGAUGGGUAAUAUGAACCAGCAGCAACAACAGCAGCAGCAACAACAACAAAUGCCUGGGUUAAGUAAUCCAAUGGGGUCUCCCAGGAGUGAUUCACCAGUGGAUUCGAAGAACAUCAUCCAAGAAAGGCUGGACGCGGCAAGUUCUUCCAGUUCCACCACGACCUCAUCUGCAGGUGCUUCACCCGGAGGUAUUCCAGGUUAUUAUCCGGGUGGUUCUAUGCAACAAGCGAACUCGGUACCACCGGGGAUUUUACCGAUGGCGCAAUACGCGAGUCAGUAUCCCACCCAGACACCCGGGGGUGAAUUUAGGAGACCGCUGACGGUUAUAUUUUGACCGGAGAGUAUGUGAACGUCGGUAGUGAUAUUUUUUAGGUGCAUAGUGAAAAGUGGGGUCAUUUUUACUAAGGUAGUACUACUGUUGGUUAUUUAAGGGUUAGAAUUGCAGUUUGUUUUGAAAUUUGGUUUGAAGGUGAGCGGUUGGCGUUUUAUAUGUUUUUUUCUGUGAAAAAAAUGUAUAAAGAGAGCCCAAUUGGUUAGCUUCAUAACUUAAUGUGCAGGGUGAUGUGAAAGUUUUAGUUUAUAAAUUUUACUUUUUUCUAUACAGUGGAUGUGAAACCUAGAGGGUCUUGAGUAAAAUGCGUUAUUUAUUAAGGAGUAGUAGUUAUUUCACUAUCGCAUCACUUUGUACAUAAAAAAAAAAUUAACUAAUAUGCAUAUUGUACAAUAUGUAGAUAUUAUUAUUUUGUACAUAAUACAAACUAAAUGUUUAGUUAGUAUUAAUAUACUAAUGAAGAAUUUUAUUCAAGUUAUGUUAACUGUGGUAUUUUAUUUUAUUUUUUUAGUUUUUUUUUUCUUAAAUUUGGGCAUAGAGGUUUAGUGACGGGCCGGUGCCCAAAUGGAAUCGUUUUCUUUAUUAUUAAAGAGUUGUUUAUAUUUUUGUUCCUAUUUUUCACUUAGAUCGUAGGUAUUUUACUCAAAGUAUACUUGUAAAUCUUGUUAUUAUUAACAAUAUAUCGAAUCCUAGGCAUAUACGCGAAUAUAUAAUGUAUAUCAGCAUUACGUUACUGUAUAGAACAUUUGACAAAUUCAAUAGAAGUCCAGUCAUUUGUGAAC